UUGCCCCUUUCCGAGUGAACUUAAAUGCGCCGUUAGAAGCUGAAGCUCCGUGGAAUAGCGUUCCAGCUAACUUCUCCUUCGACCAUGCCUGGGAAGUGCAAAUUUCAGGAGUCCUGGCUUUCCAAGGAGGCUUACAAAGACUGGCUGGUUAAGGACACCCAUGACAUUCACUUCGCUCGAUGUCGGGCCUGUUGUAAAUCCAUUAAACUUCAGACCAUGGGCGAGGCUGCUCUCACCAGCCACGCAGGGGGAGCUGGACACAAAGCGGCGGUGCGCAAGCUUGUGGAAGGCAACUUAAGGAUGAUAAAUGCUGCAGGGCAGAUGAACGGCAGCUUGAAUCGGUGUGAUGCACAGACUGAAGACAGCAAGGACCACGUGGCUAUCUGCCUGCAACGUCACGACCUGGAUAGACUACCAGGGAACGACUGGUCAGAUCCGCAACACAGCCCCGUGUCAAACUCCAGUCUCCACAAUACUGAGCUGCAGGAUGCAUCCUUCCCUGCUGCCUACUUUACAGCAGCAGGGACCUCCGGCUUUGUCACCCAGCGUCUCAUCCCGCCGGUAGGCGGCCGGACACAGGAAGCGGCGGAUCACCAGCAGAGGGCAGAAGUCCUGGAGCAACAGCAGCACAUGAAGCUGCUAGAGUGGGAGAACAGGAUGAAAGUGCUGGCGUGGGAGCAGGAGCUGGUGAGGGAGAAGACACGAGCAGCUCGCCAGAAGGUGAAAGCCUUCAGGAUGAAGAAGAACUACUACAAGGCCAAACUAAAGAGGAUGGGAGAGGUUGUGCCGCCAUCUUCCCCCGACACCAGCGACGAAGAGAGAGGCCCCGAUCCCACGGGAUGAGCCGAGUUUUUACUUUUAGCCAUUUAAGCGCUUGUCCCACAUGCCCUCGAAGUAUUUUAAUGUAUGGUUUUGUACCUGAAUGCUUAGACUGUUCUUCGCCUCAUCAGUCUAUCCUGCACAAGGGGAACAUUUGCUUGAGUAGAGCAAGCUACGAUAUCAGGCCCGCUUUUUUUUUAAAUUAUUAUUAUUUACUUCUUAAGUGAGCUACACCAGAAAGUUGGCAAGUCUGAGAGUUCAAACCUCAGAUAAAGUAAAUUAUGAGUAAAAUUCAGCCAUACAUAAAUUUUUUUCCCUACCCUUAUUAGGAGCCCAGCCCAGCUUUGAGCAAACUGAAGGGUAUUCCCUUGAUUGGUAGCCAAUCAAUAGCAACGCACACAUAGAUGAACAACCAUUGACCACUAUUGGACCAAUUUAGUAUCUUGAAUUAAAAUGCAUUUUGAUGGAAUUUCGAGUACACAGAAAACCACAUCAGCAAGAAAAGAACAUGCAAUCUCCACAGAAGAAACCCAAAGCCAAGAUUUGAAACCUGAACCACAGUACUGUGAGGCAGAUAUGUUUACCAUAUAAUAACUUGGGUCAAAUUGUGGCAAUCUUGACGAUGGCACCCAAGUAGUCUUCAAACGAUAUCAACAUAGUUUUCUGGAUUCAGUGGACCUUUACAUUGGAAUCUGCCCCUGAUGAUCAAUUCAGUAUUAAAACCUAAAUGUAGUGGAUAAAAUUGCAAUGUGUAUGGCAGUUAAGUAUGUUUAAUUGUUUCUUGAAGUACUCUAUUGCCUGUGGUGACACUUUGAUCCUGGAACAGAUUAUUUCUAUUACGUACUAAUAUUUCCUGUUGUCAAGGACCUGUUGUCUCAACAAUUAAUCUGUGGCACAACCCAACUCACGAUAUCACGCUAAUGAGCUCGAUAAUGCUAGCUUGUUAAUAAGCUUAGACAAAAUAGUAAUUAGCUAGUGUAAUGCGUUGAAAGAUUUUGGUCACCCAUUCUGCUUUUCCAAGGAUCCAAAUUGCUUGCACUAAUGCAGUUGUUACCAAGUUAACCAAAAUCAUAUUUCUACGCUUUCUCUGAUGUGUGAGUUACUCUCCUCAGACAGGACAGCCAGAAAAGCCACUGAACAGCUUUUCAAGUUUUGCAUGGCAGUAUAUGUUUUUGUCACGUGUGCCUGUGGUACUCGCAUCAUAUUUGCUUCUGCCAGCAUUCUUAUAUGGACAACCUUGCCUCACAUUGCGGCUUGUAUGUGCAUGUAUAACUUUGAAAUGUACCAAAAACAACCAAAAAGACCCCAAUGUAAUGAAUAAAUCCACCUUACAGCA